CUUGGGUCAUAAUAAUAGGAAGGAUUUUUUAUUUCCAUUUCUUAACUAGGAAGGAUCCUUAAACUAUAUAAGCACAAAAUUCAUCGACACAUUCCUACAUCUCCAAUAUCUCUUCUACUUGUAAAAAAACAACAUACCUUCUAGCAAUUCUUGGAUCAACAAUUUAAUUUCAGGCCACCAAAUUUCGAACAUGGAACACACUACCUCUCUUAAAUUUGAGCACACAUUUGUUCAAAACUGUGAAAGAGUGAAAUCUGUUGAGCUACAUCCAACUGAGCCAUGGGUUCUAUUGGGUUUGUAUUCAGGAACUGUUUCUAUUUGGAACUAUCAAACAAAGACCGAAGAGAAGUCAUUCAAAGUUAGUGAAUCUCCAGUGAGAUCAGCGAAGUUCAUUGUUCGCGAAAAUUGGAUUAUCGCGGCAACUGAUGACAAAUAUAUACGCGUCUACAAUUAUGAAAAUAUGGAAAAGAUAAUAGAAUUUGAGGCUCAUACGGAUUAUAUUAGGAGUUUGGCUGUUCAUCCUUUUCUGCCAUAUGUGGUUUCAGCUUCUGAUGAUCAAGUCUUGAAAUUGUGGAAUUGGAAGAAAAAUUGGUCUUGUGAUGAGACUUUUGAAGGACACUCACAUUAUGUGAUGCAAGUGGCAGUUAACCCCAAAGAUCCAUCUAUCUUUGCUAGUGCAUCCCUUGAUGGCACUUUAAAGAUUUGGAAUCUUGAUUCCUCAGCUCCAAAUUUUACCCUUGAAGGACAUUUGAAAGGAGUGAACUGCGUUGACUAUUUUGAAAGCAAUGAUAAACAAUAUCUUUUAAGUGGUUCUGAUGAUUACACUGCCAAGGUAUGGGAUUGUGAUUCUAAAAAUUGUGUACAAACACUUGAAGGACACAAAAACAAUGUUACAUCAAUAUGUGCUCAUUCUGAGAUUCCUAUAAUAUUAACAACUUCUGAGGAUUCUACGGUUAAAAUAUGGGAUGCAAUCAACUUUAGACUUCAAAACACAUUAAACUUUAAUCUUGAGAGAGUUUGGUGUAUUGGAUACAAAAAAGGAUCAUCUGAGCUUGCUUUUGGUUGUGACAAAGGAUUUAUCAUUGCUACAGUGAACUCUUCAAUUAGUCAAGUGAAACAUGAUUAAAUGAAGAAACUAAAAUGCACUAUAUAUGAUUUUAGAGGAAAGAAGACUGCAAUAGAUCUUAUGUUGUAGAAUUUUCAUAUUGUAAAAUAAAGAGGAAUGUUAGCAAUGCAUUUAACACAUUCUUUUAAAUGUACGUAGUGUUUGUUCUUAGGUGAAAUUUGUGAGUCCUAUUAAAUCUAUAGCUAUUGCUUAUAAUUUGAUGAGGCUCAAAUUAAUUUCACCUGAAAAUAAACAAAUGCUUAAUAGAGUGUGUUCAAAAUUGUGUUGUUAACAUUCCUCUAGGAAUAGUGACCAACACCUAGUUAUGUGUGAGUUUAGAUGCAAAUAAAGAACAUGGUAUUGUGAAGUUAUCCUCGAAGUAAUAAAUUAUUGUAAUACUACUUUUUAUGAACUGUUUAUCGUUUAUUGUGAUUUUUUUU